AUGCUACGCACUCGAAACCUGGUCUUCUUCGCAGAGACACCAGCCGGCAUUCAGACCUGUAAUGGGGAAGAGGCUCAGGCGAGGGAUGACUCGCUGCUCAAGUUCUUUGUGACUCAGACUCUGAAGAGAUUGGAGAAGAUUCUCUGCAGUUUUUUCGACCCAGAGUUUCUGAGAAGCCCCAAGAGAAUGGAAAUGCCGGAAGGGGGUUUCCUAAAAUAG